GUCAAGAAGCUGGAUACGAUUUAGGCAUCCCUGAAGCGUUGGUUGUGUGUGGUUCUCUUUUACUUAUCCCUACCCCAACAACUCUUUAAACUCCUCUAUAUAUAUAAAUAACAUCUCAUUAUCUUUUCCAGAAACCUCUUAAUCCCCUAUUUUGUGUUACACACAAUCAUGUCAGAUCAAGUGAAUGCCUUGCCUGAGGACCAAGCUGGGGCGGAGCUAAAGCUUCCAGAGCUGUUGCACAGUGACGCUGUUCGACAAGUUCAUGCAACUAUUGAAAAAGAAUGGGAAUUCCUUCAAAGAUCAGCUUGCCAAACGGCUGCUAUAAGGGCUCUGUGGAAGCAUGUGAUCCAUGAUCCACUCGCUGACUUAUUAGCAGGGGAGACUUACUUGAGAAACCUCCAUGAAAAGAUAAAGAAAGACCAUCUCAACAAUGCGCGUGAAAUUUCUGGAGUGAUGAUUGCGGUUCGAACCCUUUGGUUUGAUUCUAAACUAGAACAUGCUCUCUCUUCCCCCAAUGGCAGAGAAGCACAGGUUGUUCUCCUUGGUGCAGGAAUGGACACGAGAGCAUAUCGUUUGAGUUGCUUAAAGGACAGCGAUGUAUUUGAGGUUGACUUUCCAGAAGUCUUGGAGGUGAAAAGCACCAUUUUACAAGCGGCAAGGGAAUCCACAUACGAAUCCCAACAUUUUAUGUCCAAAGCCAAAUCCUUAACCACAGUGGCAGCUGACAUAAGAGAAAAUGACUGGAUGGAAAAGCUUCAAAUUGCAGGGUUUUUGCCACAGAAGAGCACGGUUUGGAUUCUAGAAGGUCUCCUCUACUACUUGACCCAAUCUCAUGCCAUGCAAGUGCUGAGGAUUUUAGCCAACAAAUGCGCUCUAACACACACAGUCCUCUUAGCAGACUUCAUGAAUAAGCCAUCAACCACACUAUUCAAUUCAGCUUUUCAAUUUUACAGCGAUUGGCCAGAUCAUCUCUUGCCAUCCAUUGGCUUCACUAAUGUAAAACUGUCACAAAUUGGGGACCCAGAUGCCCAUUUUGGUCUCUUGAAUGAUCCGUUAAAUCUCUUCAACAAGCUGCGCAGCUUGCCUAGGUCACUACAAACCAAUCCAGACGAUGGAACACCAUGCUGUCGCUUGUACUUGGUGGAAGCUUCUGGUUCACCCGAUCAAAGUGUUGCGCAUUAA